AUCAAAGGAUGAUGAAGAACUUGGCGCGGGGCACAUUCGAGCCAACCAGCAUAGUAGUCGUCCGUCCGCUGGAUGCUGUGCAGCCUGUGCCUGUCAGCGGUGAGAACGUGCCGCUGCAGGAAGUGGUGUACUUAACCGACGAUGCACUCCCUCCCCGCUCUCGCCACGUUCUUCAACAAUGCUUCCGCUCGUUUAUACUUUCAUAUUUAUCUUCUUGCUAUCUACUGUCAAGGCAUCAUCGGCAUGGAGCACGACACCGUACAGCCCCGCGGCCGUCCCUCUCGUCGUCCGCUCGCCCUAUCUGUCCGCGUGGCUCCCUCAGGGCGGAGGAACUGCACUUAAUGGUGGAUGGCCUAAUUUCUGGAAUGGCGAUAUCCUCGGCUGGGCUGGCUUUGUGAAUGUCGAUGGAACAUCCUACAAUUUCCUGGGAGUCCCAGCUGUCGCUGACACGUCGUUUGGCAAGUCUACCCAGCAAAGUUUAAUAAUGACAGCUACCAAGAGCGAGUUUGUCAUGACUGCCGGAGCUGUUGAUCUCACCAUCACGUUCCUGACCCCCAUAGAGCCGGGCGAUAUAGUCAAUAUGUCCUUGCCAUUUGCGUACAUGGCAAUGUCUGUGACGCCUACUGACAAUAACAAUCACUCGGUGCAAGUCUACACGGACAUCAGUGCUGAAUGGCUCUCAGGCAACGAUAGCAUGAUUGUGAACUGGACGACAACUGUCGACAGCAUGAUCAUUCAUCAGUCUCAGCUGGAGAACCAGACCCUUUUCGCUGACGUGGCUGAUCGUAUCCAACAGGGUUCGUCAUACUUUGCGGCCUUGAACACAUCCGGAACCACGUAUCAGACUGGAAGAGACAUCGAUGUCCGCGCGCAGUUCAUCAACCACAGUGUUCUUGCCAACACCCUGGACACCAACUUCCGAGGCAUAUCAGAUGACUGGCCAGUUUUUGCACUCGCCCAUGACUUCGGGUCCAUUUCGAGUCCGUCAGACACGUUCGUCGUCGCUAUCGGGCAUGCCCGAGACCCAGCUGUCCAGUAUAUCACUGCAAACGGCGACAUGCAGGAUCGGAGCUCUCUUUUCUGGAGCCAGUAUUCUACUGCAGCAGACGCAAUCUCUACUUUCCUUCAGGACUACCCAAACGCUGUGGCACGCGCAGCCGCAUUUGAUUCAAAAGUUCUCGCGGACGCGUCUAACAACGCAUUCCCUCCUAAUUAUGCUCCCAUUGUUGAGUUAUCAAUCAGGCAGGCAUUCGGAGGCGUGGAGUAUACAAUUUCGAAAGACAGCUCUGGCGCGUAUAAUACCUCCGAUGUCACAGCUUUCGUGAAAGAGAUCUCCAGUUCUGAGCACAUUAGUACUGUCGACGUCAUAAUGCCGAUGUGGCCGACGCUUCUGUACACAAAUUCGACCAUUGGGAAAAUGCUGCUGCUGCCACUCCUGGAGUAUCAAGCGUCUGGACAGUAUCCAAGUCAGUUUGCCUGCCAUGACCUUGGGGCUGCAUAUCCGAAGGCAACCGGAUGGCCAACAGGCGGUGACGUCGAGAUGCCGAUUGAAGAGACCGGCAAUAUGCUGAUCAUGACGCUCAGCUAUACGCAAUCCACAAAGGAUACCUCGCUCGUGACUACCUACUACAAGCUGCUCCAGCAAUGGGCUUCUUAUCUGAAGGACAACACACUCACCCCAGCAAACCAGAAUAGCACAGAUAACUUCGCAGGUCCCCUUGCUAACCAGACCAAUCUUGCCAUCAAAGGUAUCAUUGCCUUGAAGGCUAUGGCUGAAAUGGCUGCAGUGGUUGGGGAUUCGACAACGAGCUCGAGUUAUAAUUCUACUGUGACUUCAUAUCUGCAACAAUGGCAAGAACUGGCUACAGCACCAGCCUCGCAGCAUCUCGUUCUCAACUAUGGUGAUCCAUCGAGUUGGGGGCUUACUUACAAUAUGUACGCGGAUAAGCUGCUGAAUACCAACAUUAUCCCAAGCUCAGUGUAUGAGAUGCGUAAGGAAACUUCUUGGUAUUCCUCAAUUUUGAACGGCAGUGCUUGGGGAGUGCCGUUAGACACGCGGCAUAACUAUGUCCUAACAGGAUGGGAAAUGUGGACAGCGGCCUUCAUGACAGACUCGGCAGUGAAGGACUCGUUCAUCAACUUCGUGCAUUUGUAUGCGUCCAACUUGCUGAACAGCGAACCAUUUGGAGACUGGUACGACACCGUUGAUGGAGAUACCGAGUCCGGUUUUAAAGCGCGUCCGGUUGUGGGCGCUCAUCUUGCCUUACUGGCUCUGCCUUCGACUACGUCUUCGAGCUCGACGACAACCACUGCUACUAGUACGUCGUCAACAAGUACGAGUUCCAGUACUUCAAGCAAGUCUUCUUCGGCGACUACUAGCGCGGCUCUGCCGACGCACGUACUAGUGCUCACCUUGGCGGUGGCGGUGCUUCUUGGCGUUUUUGUGCCUUGCUAGGCAGCGUCUCAAAAGCUGCUUUGAUCUCAGUGGAUUGUUUCGUCCUUACUGGAAAUGCGGUGCUGGCGCUCAGUCAUACGCGCGCCUGCCAGCGUGUGGCAAGAUAGCUCCUGCAGCUGUCUUUGUUACUUUAUACCUUUACACAGGACCCUCUUUGGAACACUGCUAUUGUGUACAUCUUGGUAUAUUUAUUAUAUGGUUGCCUUUCAAUCCAUUGGAAACGC